AGCGAGAGAUCGUACUUAUUUCCUUUUUUGGUACCAAAACCGGGAGACACCGUAUUAAUUGCUUUUCUCGGUGUAGUAACAAGUUUGGCAUUUCAUAUAAUAUUGAUGUCCAACGAACCCCGCUAUUGUUGCCUUCGAUUCUCAGGAUAUUAUUCUUCCUCAUCGCAUCUCAUCAAGUACGGAACAUAAUCUAAAAAUCUUUGUUACCCUCCAAGUUCCACAGCACCAGACCACAAUCUUUACUACCGCAUCCCUUCAAAAUUCCUUCCUUACCCACGACAACGACCUUUUCCAUCAUCAGCAACCAUGGCCGCCGAAGUUCAAGGAACAUGCGACCCCAAAUUCUCCACCGUCCGCACCCUCCUCCAAGACGCCCUCACCUCCGGAUCCGAACUCGGCCUCUCCUUCACCCUCAACAUCCACGGCAAAACCCUCAUCGACCUCCACGGCGGCCAAACCUCCCCCAACAAAUCCAAAUCCCAACCCUGGACCUCCCAUACCCUCUCCCCCGUCUUCUCGUCCACCAAAAACAUCGUCUCCCUCUCCCUCCUCCACCUCGCCUCCAGCGGUAAAAUCUCCCUCGACGACAAAGUCUCCAAACACUGGCCCGAAUUCGCAUCCCACGGAAAAGAGAAUGUGAAGAUUAAAUCCCUGAUCAGCCAUACGAGCGGUGUCCCAGGCUGGGUGGACGACAUGACGCUUGAGGAUAUAUGUGACACGCCUACCGCGACGGCGAAACUAGCUAAUCAGAAACCAUCCUGGGAUCUUGACAACGGCGCGAAGAGCGGGUAUCACUGCUGGUCGCACGGCCAUCUCGCUGGAGAAAUAAUCCGCCGCGUCACAGGACUCUCUCUCAAGGAGUACAUCGCGCAAGAGAUUGCCGCUAAGAGAGGAAAUGCGGAUUUCCAAAUCGGUUGUAAGGAGGAGGAUUGGGACAGGAUUGCGGAAUUGGUGCCUCCUCCCGUGUUUACUAGUACGGAGUGGAAAGUCCCUGAGAAGGGGAGUGUCGGUUUCAUGAUAAUGAAUCCUCUUGCCAGUGCGGAAAUGGCGAAUAGCGAGACUUGGAGGAGGGGCGAGGUUGGUGCUGUGAAUGGGUUUACGAAUGCAAGGGGACUCGUGGAUGUCCUUUCUGCUGUCACACUUGCUUCUUCUCCUGACGAGGAUCCUUUGCCGUCUUUACUCAGCCCUGAGAUCAGAGAUCGGAUUUUCGAGGAGCAGUUUAAAGGUGUAGAUCUUUUGCUUAAUAUUCCGGUUCGGUUUGGGAUUGGCUUCGCGCUGAGAGGUGCGGAUGUGCAGUGGGAUGCGAGUGUGGAGAGGGUUGUUCCCGAGGGGAGAGUGGCGUAUUGGGGAGGUUGGGGUGGGAGUAUGGUUGUUAUGGAUGUGGAGAGGGGAGUUACGUGUGCGUUUGUGGGGAAUAAGAUGACGAAUGAGGGAGUGGGGUGGGUGCCGUUUGUGAGGGAGGUUUAUAGGAUUUUGGGAGAAGGGGAUGGAGAUGUGAAGUGA